ACUUUUAUAUUUCUAUAUUUUCAUGACAUUAAAAAAAUUUAAAAAAUAGAAACUAAAAAAAUAUACGAAAUUUUUAAAAGAAUUCAGAUUUAAAUUCACAUAUCUAAUUUGGAUGUCCUAAAUUCUUAGUGAAAGUGAUAACUUAAAUUUUCGGAUGGCUUUGAGAGUCGGCCUGCGCCUGCAUAAAAAUUGUGCGAGACUUACUGCCGACGGCAAUUCUCUAUUACACUCCAUUCGAAACAAGUGUUCAAGUGGAUCAAAUAUUCCCAAAAUGCGUUUCGUACAAUUUUUGCGUAAAAAUGAUAAUCGUAGACGGCUUGGAGUUGUAUCUGAAGAUGGUACUAAGCUGGUAGAAUUAUCAGGUGGAGCUUGUAUUUCCAACGAUAUGGUAUCGUUUAUCUCGCAGAACAUAUCCAUGGAAGAAGUAGAACGCAAAUUGAGUACUCUUCAAAGUGAGGAAAUGUCUGAUUCACAUAUCCUUCUACCGCCCGUUGUGAAUCCGCAAAAGAUAAUUUGCAUUGGGUUAAACUAUAAAGAUCAUUGUGAAGAACAAAAUAAACCAGCGCCUACAGAGCCGAUGUUCUUCAGCAAGUUUAACACAGCGUUGACGGGAGCAAAAGGAGAUGUUAUCGCUCAUAAAAUCACUACGAAAAUGGAUUGGGAAGUAGAACUAGCAGUUGUCAUAGGAAAGGAAGCCAGAAAGGUACCAAAAGAAAAUGCUAUGGAUUACGUUUUUGGCUAUACCAUAGCACAGGAUAUAUCUGCAAGAGAUUGGCAGAAGUCGCGCAAUGGAGGGCAAUUUUUGAUUGGCAAAUCAAUGGAUACAUUCCUUCCUUUAGGACCAGCAAUAGUACAUAAAAGCUUAAUUAAAGACGUUUAUGAUUUGAAUAUGCGUACACUUAUAAAUGGUGUUGAAAAGCAAAAUCAUUUCACCGGCGAUAUGAUUUUCAAAAUUGACGAUGUUAUACAUAGAUUAUCACAGAGCAUCACGUUGAAACCCGGUGAUAUUAUUCUCACUGGAACACCGAAAGGUGUCGGCAUGUACCGUAGUCCACCAGAGUAUUUGAAAGUAGGCGACGUCAUUGAAACCGAAAUACAAUGUUUGGGUAAAAUGGUCAACAAAGUAGUAGCUGACUCCUAAAUAUGAUCUGUAUAUGUUUGCUCAAAGGUAUAUAAAUGUCAUGCAUUUAAAAAGUAACUAAUGUGAUUGUUAAAUUUUUGUUUAAAUUGAAUAUUAUUGGAACUGUAACUCCUAACUGCUAAAAAUACAACAAAACGUUUGCGUAAAUC